CACCAACUUGCCACGCACGAGCGCGGGCAGCCGCACAGUCCUCAAUUCAAAUUCCCGUAAUGACGUCGCCCAAGUCCUCGCCCACAUCCGCCAAGCGCACCAUCUUCGUGUCCUCUCGCAAGAGUCAAUUGGCCAUGGCGCAGACCAACACCGUCAUUGCCAUGCUCGAGGAGCGUUUCCCGAACCUAAAUUUCGUCGUGGGGCAGGAGGACACCGUUGGCGACCAAGUGCUGGACCGCCACCUGAGCGACCUGGGCACCACCACAGCCUCGGGCCUCUUCACUAAGAGCUUGGAGGAGGCGCUGCUCGCCAAAACCGCUAGUUUUGCCGUGCACUCGCUCAAGGACAUGCCUACGACACUGCCGGACGGACUCGUGUUGGCCGCCAUUACGAAGCGCGAGAGUCCCGAGGACGCUGCAGUGAUCCACCCCAAGCACAAGGAAAAGGGGAUUAAGACACUAAAGGAUUUGCCCGAGGGAAGCGUUAUUGGCACCAGCUCAUUGCGACGUGAAGCGCUGCUGCGGAGUCAGUUCCCGACAUUUGAGAUCAAGACAGUGCGCGGGAACAUCCAGACCCGAUUGGCCAAGCUGGACGAGCACGACGACUAUGACGCCAUUAUCGUUGCUGCCUGUGGGUUCCGACGUGGAGAACUAGGAGAUCGAAUUGAUGAAAUCCUGCCGAUGGACACGUUCGGGUAUGGUGUGGGCCAAGGAAGUAUUGGUGUGGAAUGCCGCGCUGACGACGAGGAGACGAUCGAGAUGCUUAAGACCAUUACAGAUGAAAAGUCGGCGCAGUUGUGCAAGGCGGAGCGUAGUCUGCUCUACCACCUCGAAGGCGGAUGCCAGAUCGCUAUGGGCGUGAGUGCAACGCUGGACGGAGAUACGCUCACGCUGAACUCUACGGUGUUGUCUCGCGAUGGCAAGGAGAGUGUUCACGACACGAUCUCAGGACCGCGUGACCAAUGCGAAGAGCUUGGAAAGCAGCUUGCCGAGCGGUUCUGGGGCAACGAGCUGGCCCGGAAGGUGCUGGGCAAGACCCGACAGAAGCGUGCUCUGACGUACGGCGAUGCCGAAGCUCCAGGUGACGCUGCUGCUGCUGCCGCGGCAGCAACGGGAUCGCCCACCAAGAAGGCUAAAACCUCCGAGUAGGUAUUGUACAAGUCGAUGUUGCCAGAACCCACUGCCACCACCAAGCACAAGGAUAGAGACUGUCAUGUUAGUGAUCCAUGUUCAAAAAUUGAUGCUACCCUUUCACACAAAAGAUUUGUGAUGCU